GCUUGGUCUCCAGUGUCGUAACCCUUAGCUUCUUGCUCUUCGGCUUUCGGGUUUUUGCGUACUGAAAGGAUGUCUGGUCGCGGGAAAGGCGGCAAAGGGCUGGGAAAAGGAGGCGCCAAGCGCCACCGGAAGGUCUUACGGGACAACAUCCAGGGUAUUACGAAGCCCGCCAUCCGCCGGCUGGCCCGCCGAGGGGGUGUCAAGCGCAUUUCGGGACUCAUCUAUGAGGAGACCCGGGGAGUGCUUAAAGUAUUUCUGGAGAACGUGAUCCGCGAUGCAGUGACUUACACGGAGCACGCCAAGCGCAAGACCGUCACGGCAAUGGACGUGGUGUACGCGUUGAAACGCCAGGGCCGCACGUUGUAUGGCUUCGGUGGCUGAGCAGUCCCGGCGGCUUAUCUCCACGUUUCUAAAGGCCCUUUUAAGGGCCCCCAGGACGUCAAGAAAAGAGCGAACACUUUGCAUUUACUGUGUGAAUGUGGAAUCCAGACGCAGAUCGGUGUGUUGGGUGAAAUGCACCAGCCCGGUGUCCUGAAAGUACCUGUCCCGGAGGGUAGCUGCAGGUUGCAGGCGGCGGGCUUUGGGCUUCCGGGGGGAGGUGUGGGCGGUUAGUGCUUGCAGUAGGGGCCCAGCGCCGCUCGCAUAGGAUGUAGUCUGGGGAGUGCGGUACCGGGUGGAGACCUCGUUCUAUGGUACACAUACACACUGGGCUCCUGAGGUGACUUCGGGUUCCAUUUGAGGGAAGGAGGCAUCUCCACUGCAGAAAAAACACGUUUUAGAUGUGGCGGUUGGCUUGUAAGCGGCUGAGGCCUCUGUCCCUGAGCCUAUAUACAGGAUUCUAUGCAAAUUAGGGCUAGUUGGUGCUGCCUCCGAUUGGGUCUGGGGACCACGCGUCAGAGGGGACGGGUUCUCGUCAGUGCGGCACGGUUGCCUGGCCCCUGUGAACGCGGAAGUGCAGAUAGCGCGGAAAGUGCUAAGUGCGGUUCUAGUGUGGCACGCUGUAGUGCCGCCUUCUGUGAGUAUUUUCUUUGCUGACGUUUGAGUAGGAGGUGACCCAAUGCCGACGCUGAAUAAAGGCGGCCAAGCGCGGGCGAAGUCGAAGGCGGGGCCAAGGCUCGCGGCCUCGGCCAGUGGCCAGCUGCAGUUAGCGGCAUGGAGAGGAUGAGGAAACUGAUAAUGGGGGAGUACGAAUUGGAGGCAAGAAUUGAACCCAACCCUGUUAGAUCUUGCACCCUUCGGCCUUACCUUUAUAUGACACUGCUUCUGCCAUGGAGGCCUCUUGGCCCUAUUUGCUGAUAUUUCACUUCUAAGUAUUUUCCCCUACUCCAUAAAGAUUGAAGUGUGUUCGUGAUUCUGGUAUUAAUUAAAUUUCUAGGGUACUGAGACAGUCCCAGAAGCUCAACUUUCUGUAAUGCAAAUGAAAAAACCGAGUUACUUAAAAGAAACAGCAAAGUCUGGCACACUUUGGUGCCUCUGUAUUUGUUGACCGUGGAAGGGUGAAUGUAAGUAGGUGGUAGAUAGAUAAUGUACCUAUUAGAUCUCCAAUUUAACAUGAAUCAAAUAUUAGGGUGAAGAUUAGGACCCCAGUGGGUCAUGGAUAUAAGUAUUUGUAUGGCAGUUCAAUAUAUCUAUUCCUUAAGUAUUUAGCUUACUAGGAAUUGCUUAAUUUUUUUUUUUUUUUUUUUUUUUUUUUUUUUUUUUUUUUUGCUUGUAUUUUUGGUGAUGGCCUUAUUUCUUCCUAACUGCCUAAUAGAAUUCACGUUCUGCCUUGGAACAUAGCUAUUUUUGCUCAUGUCUUAUGCUCUUUAUAAAAUAUAACCAAAUUAUUGGAGCACAGGAAAUCUUUAUAUUUGUCUGUAUGAGUCCUAUGGUAGUACUAGCGGUCCUAAAGUAAUCAUGUUUUCCAAACCCAAACUGGGUCACAUGAUUUGAGAAUACAACAAAGUAUCUGAAAUUGGAACUGAGAUUUUUCUGAAGUUGACUAAUAAAAUGCCUUACUGCAGGGGCCUCUGGGUGGCUCAGUUAAGCUGCCAACUUCCGCUCAGGUCAUGA